AUGUCAAAUUAUUUAAAGCAUAUACAGCUUUUAUUUGCAUUCAGAGCAUCUUUUUUCUACCCAACUCCCAGUGUUAAUUCGACACUCAGCUAUGGAUAUAUCACCAUUUAUGAAUCCUUUGAUAAAUUCGUAUCAUGCGGAAGUAGUUGCUCUCUUAAAUCAAUAUAUACAAACUUUAUUGUAAAUAACGUCGAGAAGGCCACCGAUUGGGUCACCGCAGAGAUGAUUUUAUAUCAAACCUUCCCAAAUAAUGGAACUAGAUAUGUAAAUUACUAUGAUAAUGCACGUUUAUCAAAUUUAGCAAAUAAUGCAGAUGGUGAUUGGAAUGUUGGUACUGAAAUUGCUUUAUCAGCAAACGGUGGAUCUUCACCAGCAUCCGGUUUGUUGCCAAUUAUGAAUUCCUAUGUUGGCAUUCUCAAGCAAUGGCAAGUUCCAGUUGCCGAUCUGACACCACGUGCUCAAUUCGCUUUUGAGUUGGCUUCCUAUGAUCUGAUGAGGGGUGUUCAGCCAACCGGUAUGUCAAUUUCAACCAAUGGACUGGUUUCUUUCAAUGCCACUCAAACCGGAAUGUGGUCGGCACAGUUCAAGAUUAGCAAGUAUGUCGACAGUAAUUUCAUUUCAUCGGUUGUAAUCGAUUUCCUAGUGAAUUCUACUAUGCCACCUGCCAAUUUGCCAAAACCACCAGUUUUUAUUGCACCCACACCCGAUGAGAACAAGGUAGUUGCCAUUAAUGCCACCACAGCAUCCACAUUCACCAUCGUUGGAAAAGCAUUCAAAACAACAUCGUCAGUCACCAUUUCAAUUGGAAAUGUUCCAGAGGGAAUGGUAGUUGGACAACAAGUCGACAAUCCAACCAAUGUCGGAACUAUCAUACUUAGUUGGACACCCACUUCCUCACAGGUUGGUGUUUUUGUAAUUUCACUUGGUUUGGUAGAUAGUGAUGGCAAUCAAUUGGCACAAGGUGUCUAUUCCUUCUACAUUGAAAUUCGUAUUCCAACCUGUGGAAAUGGUGUCCCCGACACUGUGAAUGGCGGAUGUAUUUGUAACACUGGAUGGGCUGGUCCGAGCUGCACUGAAUGUGACAAUGGAUACUAUGGUCCCUAUUGUAAGCCAAAUCCUCCAUGUGAACACGGAACUGUCAACAGUGGGAUCAAUGGUGACGGUGCUUGUAUUUGUGAUCAAGGUUGGAUGGGUGAAACUUGCAAUUCCAGUUUGUCACAGAGAUGCGAUCCAACCGCUCCAAGUUACAUAGUAAACCAGAUCAAUUCACCAAGUAAAUUGGUACAGCCAUCAAUCGCCCAAAUAUACUUAAACAAAGACACCAAUUCUCCUGUUAAAGUUGGAUUGAAUAUAUCAUCUUUGGCCACUGCCCCUACCGACAUCUAUUUCGUUGUCGAUGUUUCCUCAGCUUCUUCCAUCAAUUCUAAAUACCUGAAAUUCCAAAGUGCCUAUCGUGAUUUUGAAAUCAACGCUGGAUUUGAAAAUAUAAAGUAUGGAUUGGGAUAUUAUUCCGAUAGUGUCGGCCAGCCAAACACAUUCCAAUUGAAAGCACUGCUAAAACCAUCGAUUUGGGACGAAAUCCAACUUUUGGAAUUCAAAGUUGGUGCUCCACAAGCCAACUUCCAAUACCAAGCUUUGAGUCAAGCCAUUUCCAAUGUUCAAUGGUCUGCCACUGGAUCCGUCAGAAUCAUGAUAUUGGUAACCGACAAUGAUAUUACACCGACCGACUUUACUUUGAUUCCAAAGCUCCAAGUUUUGUUGGCAAAACACAAUAUCCUCUUGGGUGUCUAUUGUAUGAGUACAGUUAAUUCCUACUUUUGGUUAACACCAGACCUUGGUAUGUCAUCGGCUUGGUUAACAACCGAUUUAUUCUGGUAUUCUAAAAUGUUGUCGAAUAUUAUCAAGCCAAUGAAGACCGUUCCACAAACUACCGUUUCAGGUGACAUUAUCUAUAUUUCCAAUGGUCCAAAUCGAAUUACCAACGAAUAUUUUGAGACUACCUUCAGCUAUGUCCAACCACAAAAUCCAACUAGAGUACAAACUGCCACUCUCAACGUUGUUGGAUUCGGUUCUCAAUCUGUCCAGAUUCACUAUAACCAUGCACCAGUCACCACAUCGUCCAAUUUAACAUUGCUCGAGAAUUCCAAUGUUGUCUUCAACAUCCCUGCUUCCGAUGAAGACGGAAAUAUUCUACUCAUUAAAUUCAAUACAAUUCCAACCCAAGGAGUUUUAUUUAUGAAUGGUUCGCAAGUAUUCUCUGGUAUUCUCUAUCAACUACCAUCCGUCCAAUCCAACCUCUUCAAUUAUGUUCCAAAUCAUUUCUCAUAUGGUGUGGAUCAAUUAACCUACACCGUAGACGAUGGAUGUGCAUCCGUUGACGGAUUGGUAAACUUUACCAUUACAUAUGUAAAUGUUGCUCCAGUUUGUAACUCCACUACAAUUAAAACCGAUCAAUACACCGAAUAUCUCUUCCCAAUUCAAUCUGUCGAUUUGAAUUCUGACGUUGUUACCAUUUCCUUCAAGGGUUUAUCAUUGCUUAGUACCAUCGGUAGUAUAUUUGCUCCGGGUAAUAUUCCAGUCGAUGAAGGUCUUCAAUAUCCAAACAAUACCUACUUCCAAUUCGUUCCAAUACAAAGCGCACCCAGCACCACUGUAUCCAUCCAAGUGUAUGUUACCGAUACCAAAUUAACCUCCCAAUGUUCAAUCAAUAUCCAAAUCGUUAGAAAAGCAGUCAUUCCAACCAUUAACAUCAAUACCAAUCAAAUUAUGAGACCAGAUUCAAGAUUGUACAUUCCAUUCACUGUUUCGGAUCCAGAUCCAAAUGAAGUCGUUGUUAUUUCAUUGUAUUCCAUCCAAUUGACUAAAGGAACAUUCUAUGAUUCCAAUAAUGUUCCUAUUACCGGAAAUUCUUACACACUUGGCACAUACACAAUGACUUCACAAUCAACAACUAUUUCCUCUACCAUUUCCUAUCAAUCGGCCAAUGAAAACUAUGCUGAUACAAGUUUCACCAUAGGAGUUGAUGAUAGCUCUGGACUAUCAGCUUCCACUUCAGUUUCAAUUUUAGUUAAUGGAAUUAUUUCACCAUAUCCACCUGUUGCCCAACAAAUUGCUCAGUUGACAGUCGCCCAGAACAGUGUUACCUCAGUGUUUGUUUUGAAUGGUAGUCACCCACAACAACCAAGUUAUGCCGGAGGUUUCAAAAUUUCAUUCCUUAGUUCUCCACAACAUGGAACCAUAUUGAGAAGCAAUGGAAACACUAUUCCAUCGGUUUUACCAACACCAUUUUCAUUCACAUACAAGCCAGUUUCCAACUACUUUGGAGAAGAUCAAUUUAGUUACUAUGUUAAAGAUGAUUCUGGUCUGCCAUCCAGUCCAGUCACAGUGGCUAUCAAUGUUACCAAAGUUGACUAUGCACCAGUGAUCUCAAUCAAUCCAUCUCAAAUAGUAACAAGCAACACUUGUCCAAGUUCACCACAAUCCGUCAACAUUUCAUUGACUAUCAACAACAUCAAUCCAAUGACCAAUUUAAGAGUUACUGUAAUCCAUCCACCAACUAUUGGAACUCUAUUCUCUGAUGGACAACCAAUUACUACACCAUCAUUAAUCGAUCCAACCAAGCCACUCCAAUAUCAUCCAAGUGUUAAUGGCUAUGAAAACUAUGAUGAAACCUAUGAGAUCCAGGCUUGUGAUGUUCUCUGUUCAAGUAUUGUUGGAAGAGUAAAUUCCGAGAGUAUUCCAACAAAACCAACUGGAGAGGGUAAAUCGUUGGUAACCAUUCAGAAUCAACAAGUUUCUUUCACAUUGGUUGGAAAUGAUUGCCAAGAUUCCGCAAAUGUUAAAUAUCAAUUCUCUUCACUUCCAAAGUUUGGUGUAUUAUUUGAUGCAAGUGGAUUAACAAUCAAUUCAACCGAUCAAAUAUUUAAAUCCAAUUCAUUCACCUACUCACCAAACAAAGAUGAAUCCGAUCUCAAUUCCAUCGGUGGAAAAGGACCACUUGAAUCAUUCUCAUAUUUUGUCAUCAACAAACACUCUAUCGGUUCAAUCACCUACCCAAUUGAUAUAUCAGUCAAUCCAAUUCCAAUGUUCAUUGGUGAAAGAAAUCUUACCACUCACGAGAAUGUCAAGCUUACAAUUCCAAUUAAAGCAACUGCACCAGAGGGUGAUAGAUACGUAAUGAAUAUCACAAGUUUCACUGGAAAUGGACAACUCUAUUAUUUCAAAAACGGUAACUCUCAAAUCAAUAUUUCCUCGACUGGAUUGGUAUUAGAUGAACAAAGCUAUGUACUUUACUAUAUGCCACCAAACAAUACCUAUGGAGUCAAUGUCGAUAGUUUCCAAUUCGCAAUCAAACAAAGAUAUUCAUCUGAAAUCUAUACAAUCUAUAUCGAUGUAAUCCAUGUCUUUAGAGCACCACGUUUAGUUCCAUUAACAUACACAUUCAACGGAACAGUUCUCCCAAUAAUUAAUAACAAUGUCGAAUUACAUGUAAAUACAUCGAGUAUCAUUACAUUCAAUGUUACUUCAGAUGAUCAUCCAUGGACAGAGCUAAAAUCAACAUUUGGAAGUGGUUUGACAACUGGUGGUGUCGUUUGCCAAUAUGAUUCAAGUGUAGAGAAUGGAUGUGGUUCAAUUCUAACUUUUAAUACUGAAAUCAAACGCUCUGCCAAUGAUAAUCUUUGGAGAGUUGUUUAUAUCCCAACCAAAGGUCGUUCCGGUUUGAAACUUUCACAAUUCACUCUGAUUGGUACCGAUCCUUUGAAUAUGACACAAUCUGAGAGAUUAUUCAUGUCGGUCAUCCGUAUUAAUAUCCCACCGGUAGUCAAUGUCAACCAACUUCAAUACAAUACAACAGUCAGCAUCCCCAUUUCACUUAGCAACAUCACAGUUUUCGAUCCAGACUCCGAUAAGAACAACAUCACAUUCACCCUAUCCCUACAAGAAUCAUCAACAAAUCAACUCACCCAAAACGGUUCAAUUGUAAUGCCAUUUGCCUCGCCAUCUGCAUGCAACAUCUCUAGCAAUCAAAUUACCUGUCUCGACACCAACCCAGUGCUCAACAUGUAUUUAAAUACACUAUCACUAACACUCAACAAUACUGGAUCCUACCAAUUGAUUGUCUACGUCAACGAUCUAGGUUACAACGCAAUGAAUAGAAGUCAAUAUAUUCUAAGCGAUAGCAAGACCAUUGCUAUCAUAGUGUCACCCUCACAAAGCGGAGGUGGUAAGAAGAGUAACACCGUCAUUCUCUCAGCAGCAAUCGCAGCAGCAGCCGUAGCAGCAGCUUUGAUCGCGCUUGGAGUAUGGCGUAUUUUGAAAUCGAGAGCACCUCCAACCGAUUCCUUCUUUGGAGAGUCUCCAUUCAGCGAGGGUUCUGUUUCAACGAAUCCAUUAUACAAAGAAUCACCCAAUUCUGGUUUUAACCCACUCUAUGAUAAUAAUCAUGCUUAA